AUGCUGAACUUCUUCCGCAAGCCAUCACAGGGGGUCGUCCACCUUGACACCGAGGAGUCAAGAGAGGCGACGAUCUCGACGGACUCGACGGACUCGACGUUCCGAUUUGUGAGAAAUCCGUUUAGAAAUAUAAGUUGGCAAAUACCGUCAAACCCCUUAUUCCCAGAAGACGACUUUGAGAAUCCUCGUGAAGACCCCCUAUGGAGACUCUCCUAUUUUGAGAGAAUCUCCGUAUUUCUUCUCUCUCUUGUCGGUAGCUACUCCUGCUAUGCCAUAUGCUUCAUAUUUUUCCCGCUGUUAUCUCUGAAACCCAGAAAGUUUGCCCUGAUAUGGACAAUCGGAUCCCUGCUGUUUCUACUGGCCUUUGUUGUCCUCAAUGGACCACGCAAGUUUUGGAGACAUGCUGCUACAGUGGAGAGAUUACCCUUUACCGUGUCCUUUGUAGCAUCCAUCUCUGCAACACUCGCAUUUUCCGUGAUUUGGAAACAUACUUUGCUAGUAAUAGUGGCCUGUGUCAUUCAGGCAGUUUGUUCCCUCUGCUAUACCAUAUCCUACUUCCCCUAUGGACGCCAAGGGCUGGAAAUCGGUGGAGGAAUAGCACGUGCCCGGCUGGAUGGCUGGUUGGCAGCCUAG